UUUUUAGAUGUAUUCAUUUAUUUUAUGUGUGUUAUGGAUGUGUGGUGUGUUGGCCUUCUUGCUCGGAUAGAACGGUAACCUGCGACUUGGAAGACCAAGAUCCACACAGCUCUGAGAGGAAGCCUCCUCAGCAGUGACAUUGCAGGUCUCAGGAGAGGGUAGCCACAGCUGAGCUGAGUUCGCUCAAGAGUCCCAGCCCCACUUCACUUCUUUGCUUCUUCCCUUCUUCUCUCCACUGUUUCUUGGCCUCUUGUGCUGAAAGUUUCAUAGCCAGAAGCACAUCUCAUAAAAGAGAUUUAUUGGAGGGAUGAAUCCAGCGGGGAGGAGGGAGGAGUCCAGAUGUGGCUACCCUCUGCUCCUGGGAGAAGACAGUAAGCGAUUGGACAAGAGACAGACAUAGAGAAGAUGUCUGAUGAGGUGGAGAUUUCCAGAGUCAGGAUUGGUAGGAUUUCAAGUCUGGAGCUUGAGGAGACCAGGGAUUGGUGGGUUUUCCUGCUCAGGGAUUGGUGGCUUUUUUCAUUCCCUUUGUUUUAACUGCUGCCGCCAUUUUGACAGUUCUUGCAGAAUACUGCUCAGGAACUACAUGGUGCUUAUGAAGGUGCCAGAAGAGAGCAUCAGAUUUUCUAGGAAAAGCACACAGAGCUCCUAACUGCUGAGCCAUCUCUCCAGCCCGAAGCCCUAGGCUUUUUAGCUCUUAGCUUUUGAAACUCCAGUACCUGAACUUUCUAGCAGAAUAAUUUUUGCAUUGUAAAUUUGUUUGGGACAUCUGACUCAAAGAAACACUUUUGGAUAAAACUGGGGCAAUGUUUCUCUUACUGCCGGUGUGCUUGCUCUCGCUUAAAUCGUUUCCUUAUCUGUUCCCCAGCUCUGCAAUUCCUUCUUUAUACUUCUUCGGCACACUUUGGUCUUAAUUUUAAAAUCAAAUUUCUAAUUUUCAGUUCUGCCAGCGGCCUCACACACACACAGUUUGUACAGUGUGCAGAAACACUUGGAUUCUUUGGGAUUCUCAAAUGACAAGUGGUGCGAAGUAUAAAGGAGAAAACAACAUAUGUUAAAAGCACGAUCAGUGGAGAAUACACACAUCUUUCUGGGGGAAGAAAUGCCUUUGGGGGAAAAAACAGGCUAGAGGAGGAAACCACCCACAGGUGGGAAAGGAAGAGGCACAUUUAAAACAGGUGCACAGAACUAAUCUUAGUUUUCCAAGGAUUAAAGUAACGGCAAGAAACAUUAUACCGUUAUCAAGGGGGGACCACUCAGUAAGUUGGUCACUGAAAUCCAUUUGGGGGUGAGUUGGGUUAAGGUGUACUGUACUGGAACUGGAUUACAAAAAUGAACAGAGUCCCUGCCUUAAGCAUGCCCAGGUUUUUGUUUUCUGUUUUUGUUUUUAACAACACCUUCAGAUAUUAAAAGGCCUUUCGCAAUAGAAGCAAUUAAAACCUUAAAACAGUCCUUAGGUUUCGCAGAGGAAGUGAGUUGUAGGCUGGAAACCAACAGAAUUGUGAUAGUUUCCUAUUUUGGAAAAAUGAAUGAAAUGGAUCAUUCAGAACAGAGAGAAAAGGGGGUUUUAGAUGAAGAUUGAGAACGUGUAACUGCAGCAGGGACUUGGCUCUGUAUGUCUGCAGCAAAAGGUCCGGUUUGCAAACAACCUAUACUGUGCGCGUGCCUGUGUGAAUCAUCUCGUUGACUCGCCACGUUCAGUAAUAGCUAACGGUCCUUCAAUAUUUAGUGGCGCAGAGUCCACGCAUUUUGAUGAAAUUUUUGUUACACGCACUCUUGGGGCUGUGUUGGGUAGGUAGGUGUGCGGAGCUUCUCGAGGUUCCCUUCAUCUUUUUAAAAGAAGAAAAGCAUUCAAAUUAGCGGGAAGGCGGUUAACACCCGCAGUCCCGAUUCUGCCGAACGCACCGCCGCUCGCCAGAUUCACCAAGUCUCUCGGCUGCGGUCAGGGCCUAACAGCGUUAACUGCCGCGGGGCUGCAACCGCUGCGGAGUCGCGCGCUGCGGGCGUUGCACGGUCCGGACUGGAGCCAGGAGAGGGUCCAGGCUGGAUUUUGACCAGCAGUUCCUUCAGCCAAUUGGAAGCCAGAUCGACUUUCCACCUACCAAUAGGAGGAGAAAGUUCAGCUAGGGGGCGGGAACUCUUGGGCUUGAGGAUUCGAUCCCGCCCCGCAGCAGUCAAGGCGGGUGGAGGCUCCGCCUGAGCGGCGGGGAGCGGAUUAGGGAGGAGGGAAGACCGGAAGCCACGGCCACGGCCCCGGCCCCAUCCUUAGUUUCGCGUUCCCCCCGGAGCUGGGAGCCGCGAAGCUGGCGGAGGGAGAGGCUGGAGGCUGGCUGGGAGAUAAAGGGAAGCGUCCCCUCAGCCCGCGCUCCCUUCUCAGUCACGGGCUCCUGGAGCGCGCCGCGGAGGACGCCGACGCCUCUCAGACCCGCGCUGAGGAGGCGCAGCCCGCGGCGGGGACUGCUCGGCGACAUCUGAGGCCCAUAUCCCGCGCCGUCUCCACCGCCGCCAUGUCCUCCACCUCCUCCUCCCCCAAGGAGGAGACGUACGAGGAGGACCGGGAGUUCGAAAGCCAGGCCAAGCGCCUCAAGACGGAGGAGGGAGAGAUCGUCUACUCGGCUGAGGAGAGCGAGAAUCGCCAGGAAGCGACGCCUCAGGCGGGGAGCGAUAGCGACAGCGGCGGCGGCGACCGAGGCAGCGGCGGCGGCGGCGGCGACGGCGAGGAAGGCGACGGUGGAGAAGAAGGCGACGGCGAAGAAGGCGACGAAGGCGACGGCGAUGAGAGAGGUAGCGGCGGCGACGAAGGCGGCAGCGGCGGCGGCCCUCGGAGCAUGCCCCCGUCCACGGAGGGAGGUGGAAGUCAUCAUAAAGUUUCUGUUUCUCCUGUUGUUCAUGUUCGAGGGCUCUGUGAAUCCGUUGUGGAAGCUGACCUUGUGGAGGCACUGGAGAAAUUUGGGACAAUAUGCUAUGUGAUGAUGAUGCCAUUUAAACGACAGGCUCUAGUGGAGUUUGAAAAUAUAGAUAGUGCCAAAGAGUGUGUGACAUUUGCUGCAGAUGUGCCUGUGUACAUUGCUGGCCAGCAGGCUUUCUUCAACUACUCUACAAGUAAAAGAAUCACUCGGCCAGGAAACACUGACGAUCCUUCAGGGGGCAACAAAGUCCUCUUGCUCUCUAUUCAGAAUCCUCUUUAUCCAAUUACAGUGGAUGUUCUAUAUACUGUAUGCAACCCUGUUGGAAAAGUACAGCGUAUUGUUAUAUUCAAGAGAAAUGGGAUACAAGCAAUGGUUGAAUUUGAGUCGGUCCUUUGUGCCCAGAAAGCUAAAGCAGCACUCAAUGGAGCUGAUAUAUAUGCCGGAUGUUGCACACUAAAAAUUGAAUAUGCAAGGCCAACUCGUCUAAAUGUUAUUAGGAAUGACAAUGACAGUUGGGACUACACUAAACCUUAUUUGGGAAGACGAGAUAGAGGAAAGGGUCGCCAGAGGCAAGCCAUUUUGGGAGAUCAUCCUUCUUCGUUUAGACAUGAUGGCUAUGGAUCGCAUGGUCCACUAUUGCCUUUACCAAGUCGUUACAGAAUGGGCUCUAGAGAUACACCUGAACUUGUUGCUUAUCCAUUACCACAAGCCUCUUCCUCUUACAUGCAUGGAGGAAGCCCAUCUGGUUCCGUCGUAAUGGUUAGUGGGUUACAUCAGCUCAAAAUGAAUUGUUCAAGAGUCUUCAACCUAUUCUGCUUGUAUGGAAAUAUUGAAAAGGUAAAGUUUAUGAAGACCAUUCCUGGCACAGCACUCGUAGAAAUGGGUGACGAGUAUGCUGUGGAAAGAGCUGUCACACACCUUAACAAUGUCAAACUGUUUGGGAAAAGACUUAAUGUUUGUGUGUCUAAACAACAUUCAGUUGUUCCAAGUCAAAUAUUUGAGCUAGAGGAUGGCACAAGCAGCUACAAAGAUUUUGCAAUGAGCAAAAAUAAUCGCUUUACAAGUGCUGGCCAAGCUUCUAAGAAUAUAAUCCAGCCACCCUCAUGUGUGCUGCAUUAUUACAAUGUUCCACUGUGUGUCACAGAGGAGACCUUCACAAAGUUGUGUAAUGACCAUGAAGUUCUUCCAUUCAUCAAAUAUAAAGUGUUUGAUGCAAAAGCUUCUGCGAAAACUCUGUCUGGGCUCUUAGAGUGGAAAUGCAAAACUGAUGCUGUGGAAGCUCUGACUGCACUCAAUCACUACCAGAUCCGAGUCCCAAAUGGUUCCAACCCCUAUACACUGAAGCUUUGCUUUUCUACGUCAUCCCAUUUAUAAGAAGAGAAGAGCAUGUUAGAGUUUAUGUUCAUCUUUAUUACAGUUUUAAAGCUAUACUUCAUCCAUGAUAAUCUAAAAUGGUUGAUCUAAUGUUGCCUUGCCUACUAUAUAAGAUCCUGUUCUGUAAUAAACAUAUUUUGCCUCAAGUAAAUUUGUUGUUAACGUAAAUAUUGUUUUCACCUUAAGAUAGAGUACCAUAAUGUAGACCGUCUGCAGUUUCAUUGUGGUUAUACAAAUGUAUGAUUUCUAACAUUAUUACGAAUCUUGUUCCAUGGUAAAAUAUAUUUGCAUUCUUAAUGGUAAUUAUCUGCAAAUGUUUUUCCAUUGUGUAUGAGAUGAAUGCAGGUGAAAGUUUUGCCUUUUACUACCGAAUUCCUACAAUAGAUGAUUGAGUCUGUCACAGUUACUCAUAUUAAAUAUAAUUUGUAUUUAUUGUUUUAAUCAAAUUUGAGAAUGACAUUGCAUAUGCUGAUUUUCAAGAACUACAGGUUUAGCUGAUGUUGAUUUCUGAAAGGAUUAAUAGACAUGAACACCCUUGUAUGCACUCAAACUCAAAUUGGUGUGUUUCUUUUAAAGAGUCAUCAUCCUUUUGUAUCCACAUGCCUCUGUUCCUAGUUGCAGUUUGGAGGUUUUAUAAAGUUAUAAUAAUAAGUUAAUGUGUUCAUCUUCAUUAUUUUGCAUGUGACCUAAUCUUAAAAGUACAUAUAGUAUUUGACAUUGAUAUUUUAAUACUAUAGAAGUUAAAAUUAACAGUUCUUCUAUAUAAUAACAUGGGUUCCAUAAAUGAGUUUCAGAGAACUUGUGAGCCCUUCCAAAAUUGUGUGUAGAGUUUGGAAUAUUUGCAUUUUUAUUUCUUAAUCUUUGAUCCAUCAUAAUAUAUGUAUUUUUCUAUAUGGUGUAAGAUUUAAGAAUUAAUUUUAUUUUUGAUCAAAACAGCUAUUUGUCUCAACACCAUUUAUUAAACAUUCUCCCUCUGGA